UCUGCGUAAUAGUCUAAUCCAGGUGUAGCAGACGAGCACCGACUUGUAGCCAAGGGUUGAAGAAGCGUGAUUUCUGCUGAACUCCGCAUUUUUUAAGCCAAAAAAUGCCGAGAAAGAAGAAGAAGUUUAUCGACAACAAGAAUGCUGUGACCUUUCACCUGGUCCAUCGGAGUCAGAGAGACCCAUUGUUGGCUGACGAGGAUAAACCUCAACAUGUCUUACAAGAGGUCUCGGCCAGUAGUGAGAAGAGGAGGGAGGAGCAGAGGAAGUACGGGGUGUACUUUGAGGAUGAGUAUGAUUACCUGCAGCACCUGAAGGAACCCGGGGAGGCAGUACUGGAACCCAUCGUGUCAAGGGUCAGCAUCAAAGGGGCAGAGGUCACUGAGCCCCACCUAGAUGAAACUCCCAAACUACAGCUUCCAGCAUCAGUCUUUCCAUCUGAGCAGGAAGAGGAUGUGGGCAUGCUCAACAAGGCAGCACCUCUUGUAGGUCCACAGUUAGACUGGGACCCAGAUCUUGUUGCAGCUCUCGAUGACGACUUUAACUAUGACGACCCUGACAAUGUGCUGGAGGAUGAUUUCAUCGCCAUGGCAACUGCAGGCCCCUCUGGUAAGGAGGAAGAAGCAGACGACUGCUCAGAUGAGGAGUACCCGUCAGACGAGUGUGAGAUGGAGUCAGAGGACGAGGAGGAGGAUGGGUCCAGUGAGGGGAUGACGUACAGAACUACCAAAUCCAGGUUCACAGAAUACUCCAUCACAUCCUCCGUCAUGAGAAGAAACGAAGGCUUGACUCUUCUAGAUGACAGGUUUGAAAAGAUGUAUGAGGAGUAUGAUGAUGAUGAGGUGGGGCCUCUGGACCAUGAGGAGCUGACAGGCACUGUGCAGCAGGACAGCCUUGUGCUGAACAACAUCCUACAGGAAUACGAGAAGAAAAAAGAAGAAAGUGUUAUCAGAAGACUGGAUCCUGUGAGAGAAGGAAUGGAGGGAGAAGGAGAGGAAGGGGUAUCUUCAGAAUCGGAAUCUGAAGAAGAUGAGUUAGUAAAGAUGGUUACAGAACAACCCAAGGAAAAGUGGGAUUGCGAAUCCAUCCUUAGCACAUACUCCAGCAUAUACAACCACCCAACAGUGAUUAAGGACCCUCCAAAACCAAAAAAGGGGAAACAGAUCAUUCUGUCACAGAAAAGUGGCAUCCCCAUUGGUGUGCUGGGGAGUAAAGGUCUCACCAAGAAACAGCUGGAGGAGCAGGAUAGAUUGGAAGAAGGAGAGAGUUCAGAAGAAGAGGAGAUGGAAAUUACAAUAAGAUCUGCUCCAGCCAGGAAAAAAGGAGAAACAGCUGAAGAAAAGAAACUCAGGAAACAGGCUGUGAAGGCAGAGAGAAGGGAGAGAAGGAUAGAGAAAAAGGCCAACAAACUGGCCUUUAAGGAGGAAGCCUCAAGACAAGAGAAGAUCGUCAUGAACCAGAAGAACCUCAAGGGCAUCAAAUUAGCUUAAGGCACAUCCAAGAACCUUAGGACUAAUACAGUGCAGUGUGAAGAGUAGGGAUGUCAGAAUAUGUAUACUUUUCUAUCCUUAUAGUUAUUACUACUAGUAGUCUUCUUCUAUCAAACACCUCUGAUCUCAAAUCUCUUUUACACUCCUGUCAACAGUUUGAAAUGAGAUAGUGCUAACAUGAUCUUUAGUAAUCUUUCUACACAUGUAAAUUAUACCUUGAUAUAAGUUUAAAUAUGGGUGCACAUUACUCCAAUCUGUGAAUGGAAGUAAAGUACAUGUAGUGCAAACAAGGAAAGAUUCCUGGUUCUUUGUAAAUAAAGUACAGUAUGCUUACUGUAGUAAACUCUACAUAUUUCAUGGAGGUAUAAGAUCUUCAAUUUAUUGUUUUGUACAUGAAGCCUACUAUACAGUAUGGAAGCCACCAAGGCAUGCCAUCCUUUGUGGAGAAGCCUCUCAGUUGUAUCUGACGACUGUCUUUUACAAACAGCAUUGUACAACUGUACUGUGUACAUGAUGAAAGGCAAGAUGAGAUUACAUUCUUCUUGGGAACCAACAAUGGCUGGGUAUCUAUGAUGUGUUUUCAUAUAAUUAUGAUGUUAAGAUACAGUUCAUUAGAGUAUUUUAUCAUUAGUGUACCAGUGAACCUUGCCAAAG